AUGCACAAAGAAGCGACCUACAGGCUCGUAUUGCCGCCGUGCUCUGCGAGGGAGUGCGCCGGUAGAGGAGCGCUGGCCCCUUUUGCCCCUCCGCCCCCGCACUCCCUUCAGAGAGAGGGGCGCGAAUCCCUCAGAGCGAAGGGAUAUUCACUUGAAAAAGAACUCUCGAUCUUAGACGUUACGGUCGUAGAGAUAGUGCCGAUUUCCUGCUACGUAGAAAAGCGCGCGAGUAUUGUUCCAUUUUCGAAAAUGGCUUUGAGUGAAUUUAAGGAUAUUUUU